AUGGCGGACGAAGUUGAAAGAAAUCGCCUUGUGGUAGAAUUUUCCGGAGUCACCGAUGUUGAUGCAGAAAGGGCUCAGUUUUACUUGGAGUCUGCUGGUUGGGACCUACACGUAAGUAUUCUACUGUAAUUUCUUGCUUUAAUUUCGCGCUAACAGGACUGUUCUUCAAUAAUGGUUACUGUCUUUCACUUCCUUCUUUUAUUUUAAUAAGCUCAUUCAUCACUCACCUUGAAUUCGAAGCUUUAUGAUUUUCAGUUUUAUUUUGAAUAAUGGACAAUUUUAUUUAUUCAUUUUUUAAUGAAGCUUGCCAUCAGUAGUUUUUAUGAUACAAUGGGAGAAGAUGAUGGUAACAUAAGACAUGAACCUCCCGAGGAAGUAGAACAGGUCAGAUUCCUAAAUUUCUUUAGAUUAAUUCAAAAUAUAUUCCUAAGCUUAUGUGAAAACUGUACCAAAUAUUGGCCUGUUGCUCGGCAAUUUCAGGACAUGAAUGGAUACUUUUGCUUUUGAUUGUUUUAUUCUUUUUUUUGUUCUUGUUAUCUCUUUAGUCAUUAAUUUGGCUACAUACAGACUGUAUUAAUUUCGUCUUUGCAUAGCCUCCUGUGGGGGGGGGGGCAUUAUUUCUAUUAACAGGUUAAUGGGAAUGUGCCACUGGAUGGGGUCGCAUUUUCACGACUGGAUUGACUAUAGGUGGUUUUCACGUUACGUCAUCGCCGCCAUGCUGGUGGACGGUAAACAAAAGAUCGCUCAUUAGCUCGCUUUGUUUGUCCACCAGCAUUUGUUCAUUUCACCAUUGUUAUUUGUGUCUCCCGAGAUUGCAUGAAAACCACCUAUAAUGGGGUUGCAUUUUCAAUAGAGUUAUUAGGAUGGGGACACAUUUUUGGGAUUUUGGGAGUCAGAAAAUUCAGGUAGGUAGGGAUUUACAAAUGGGAAGGUAUUAACUACAUUAACCCUCACAAAUUUGUCAAUAAUUCAUUUCAGGAUAACUUAGAAAAAAGGUAGAUACAUAAAUGGAAAAUGACUAAGUCAGAAUCGUGAAAAGUAACUUUUUCAAAAAGUGACUAAGAUGGGGUCUAUAAUUGGCCACAGAAUAGACUGUAAUGGGGUAGGGGUUCUGAGAGGCCAGCAGCACAUACCCAGCCAAAAUUAACCCAAGUAACCUCCUGGGUGCAUAGCAUAUGAAACCUUCUGCCAUUUUGUCAAACGCUGCACAGUAAAAAAAGCUGAUUUGGUCAUCAUGAUACCGAUAAUGCUCCUUGAGCUUUUUGGGACAGCUGGCUUGUUGCAAAUAGCCAACUAAGUCAACUAACUAGUCACCUCCAGUCAACUGUGAGUGAGCAGUCUUUCAGUAAUUGAAAGCAAAAACUAAGCAGCAAAAACAAAAAGGAGGGGUCUUGCUAUGUUCGUUGUUUCACAUCUCAGUUCUAGAAACAUGCCUUGGUAAAACUGAGAAACAGAACCAUUAAAAAAACAGAUUGUAGGUAAAGAAUAAAGAUUGCUAGUUAUACUCCCAGCCCCUUAUGUUUUUCACUAUAAACAGAAACCAGUCACAAUAUCAAGACGAGGUGUUCAAGGCAAUAUGGGGUAAGAAAAAAAUUGAUUGAACAAAAAAUAUGUAUUAUUAUUAAUAAAGGCUUGUUUAUGGUGGAAGGUGCACUUAGCUUAUCCAGCUAGUUUACUGGCACUCCACUCAAAUACUUAGAAACAAGUAAUUCAAGUACAACAUAAAUGGAUUAAAAACACCAACUGGCAGGAGGCAACCAGUUGGCUAUUUACAAGGGUGGCCAAGGAUUUGAAUUUGGGACUACCGAUAACAAAUCCAGUAAAUGGCCAGAGCAAGACUCAAACCCAGGACUGCGAGAUUGUGAGUGCGACACGCUGACCACUUGGCCACACUGCCUUCAUUAAUGAUAAUGAUUAAUGGUUAGGAUAAUAAUAAUUAUUAUUAUUAUAACUCUCGAUACAACAUUAUUUUAAUAUGGUUCUUCUAUUCUUAUCUUUCCUCCUGCAUGGGUUAAAUGGUACUGUCAAAAUAAUACAGUGUAAGUGACAUAGCAGGUUCCUCUUUUUAAGAUGUCGUUUUCCCUGAUUUUGGGUCUAAAGCAGUUAUAUCAUUUACUGGGGAUCUAUGUUUAAUUAGCAGUUUGGUAUCAGCAAUCUUGCAUAAACAGUUUGCACUUCUCAGAGGUUCCUUCAGGGAAGCUUUGACAGUAGUUCCUUCCAUACCAAGAAAUAAAAACGGGAUGCACAUUUUGGGGACAUAAAAUGCAUUUCACCACCCAUGUAAGAACAGUACUAAAACCAACCUUACCCCACCCCCAAUAGUGUGCAGAGUAACCCUGGCCUGAGCAUAGGUUCAACUUCUGCUGCUGUCUUGAGAUGUCUGGUGUUUGUUCCUCCCCAAGAGGAAUAAGCGCAAUUUCUCAAACAGUGCCUGAUAUGUAAGAGGGCCUCUUGCGGGGUUGAAUAUGUCCCUAGUCUGAAUUUGAAAACCUGUUGUUUCGCAUAAUGAGGAGAUCAAAGCCAUGUCACUGUGGGUAUUUUUCAAUUGUAUUUGCACUUUUCUCUGUUGCUGUUGCAGUUUUAACCCAUAUUUGUGUCAUUUGUCGUCAUUUCUGCUGUGUCACUGUUUCAAGGCCAUGUUGCUUGUCAGAAUUAAAUUUUACCCUAACGAGGCCUUAGUUAAGCUGACCCUGAACAUCCCUCCUACAAUCCCUUUAUUUCUCUUCCGGAAGCAUUUAUAAACAGUCCAACUAUUUUCUUCCCACUGAACAAAAAAUACUAGCAUUUCAGUUUUAAAAUCAAAAUAACUGAGGAAUUUAAGGAAUUUUAUCAAAGUUUUGAUGAAACAAAUUGUGUUGUUCCAAAUUAAUAUUUUAGAGGAAACAUUACAUCGCUGUCAAGUAUGCAGGCUGAAGAGAACAGUGACAAUGAAGGGGAAGAGGGACAAGCAUUUUACGCUGGUGGAUCAGAGAGAAGGUAUGUAUAUGUUACAGUUGUACUGGUCAAAUUUGGUUUCAGGUUAACAUUUUUAAGCUAGGUUGAUUUUCAGUUUUUUUUUGUCUUCUGAGGCUAGGAAACAAAUUAAAGGGAAUGAAGAAUAAAACUAAGUUAAAUGAAAAUUAACCUGAAGUCAAAUUUGACCUGUAACAUACACAGGCCUUGGUGGAUUAACUUUGUUAAUUGACUUAUCUAAUUUUGCAAAGUUGUGGGCUUUAACAACAAUCUCCAGAUGUCAUGCUUCAGGACUCAAAAAGAGUGCUCUCUGCUAGUCUGAGAAAGUAGAAUUUCCCGCCUGGCAAGUACCGUAUUUCCUUGAAUAAUAUUUCCUUGAAUAAUAGCCAUCCCUCUAAUAAUCGCCCCCCCUCCCUUUGACAGAAAUGUUGAAAAUAAUUCCAUCCCUCAAAUAAUAAUCUCCCAACUUAAUGGUUAAAAAAAGUAAAUUAAAACUUGCUUCGGGCAAGGAAAAUUUUAGAGCUGUUUGUCCUAACCUGGGCAAGCUGAAAUUCAAGUUUUUUUCAAGCCCUGGCGUUUGCUUUGUGUUGAAAUUCCAAUGUUACAAUUUACUACUAAACAUGCUGGUUUUCAUUUUGGGUAGGUGCAGAAAGUAGUUUUUUUUCCCAUUAAAUGUUUCUUUCAAUGUGGUGUUUUAAUUUUGUGAAGGAUCCUUCCUUAUUAUUUCUGUGAAAGAUAAAACAAAUUUAUCACAGCAGUGGUAUUGCUUGUCGAGCCUUUGUCUCCUGCUUUUUUAAGGUACUGUCAAAUCAUUAAAUCAACACAUGCUGCAUCAUGAGAUGUAGAGAUCGCGGCAAUGCAUGGGCAAUGUUUAACUUACAUGUAUCAGUAAAUUGCAAAGUAACACAAUUCGCUUCUGUGUACUAACAUGGUAUUUUAUUUGGUAGUGGUCAGCAAAUUCUUGGUCCACCACGAAAGAAACAGACUUCAGAUGACAUAACACAAAGUAUAUUUGAUGAAGCAAAAAGGUACAGUCUGCAUACAAAUUUUUAACUGACAGACAUUUACGUUUCUGUGUGUUUGUCCCGCCUGCGAAAAAAAAAAGUGACUGUAGCUACUGCUAAAUCUGUUAUGCUCAUUGCCAUGGCUUCCUAAUGUCAGACUCGUGUUGAAAGAAGUCACAUCAUUUUUGCCUCAAAAAGAGAGACAUCUGAUUGGCUCAAAAUGUCAACAAAAAGAUUAGGAUAUGUUAGCAUUCAAGGCCAUUGCCACUGCCGACACUCAUUCAAAAUUAAUUAAGUGUCAUUGAGGGUGUUAAAAUGACUGUAUCACAACUUAGAAAUUAUGUAUUCCUUGAUAUUAGAGAGUUUUAAAAUCAUGUUCAUGGCAAACAGAAAAUGUCAGACUCAAGUUGACGGUUCUUCGAAUUUUGAAAUAAACAGAUAAAAACUAUGCAAAAUAAUUCUUAUAAAUGACCAGGCCAGAAACUACUUAAUAGGUUUUGGGAGAUAUAACCAUCUGGUAAAGGACAAGUAAAAGGAAAACUUUAUUUUGUAGUACAAAUUGACGUUUUCCGGCUGCUGUGAAUAUGAUUCUGAAUCUCUCUAUUAUUAAACACAUAAAGGGCAUAAAACUCUGACUAUUCCCUUGUAUAUUGGUAUGACUGGAUGAACAAGCAUUAUUAAUAUAUUUUAUAUUUCUUGAUAGACAUGGUGCUGAAGUUGUCGCUGAUGAAGAUGUUGCUGGACCAUCAGAAAGACAACUCCCUGCUUUCAAGGGUGCAGGUAAUAUUUUUAAACACUACUGACACAUAGGUGGACAGAGAGCAAGAAAUAGAAAGUCUCCAGUUUUUAGAUCUCUGGGAGUUGGCAUCUCUGCUGUUUUAUAAUUUCCCAUUUGUAUUUAACCACCUGUAAGCAACCACUUCACAUAAUUUAUGGUCUGACUCUUUGUUCAUGGUAUGUGCUACAUAUCUCAGAGUAUAAGAAAAACUUUAAAAGAACACGUAGCACUGCUGGUAUUGAGAAAUUGUGCAUGUAUGCAACAAAUUAUAUUUGAAUGAAAAGGUUUGUCAGAAACUCUUGUUUCCAGGAAAGACCCCCUGUGGUUCGACUCUGGUAAGUCAUCGAACCUUGUAAGAAACCUCUAACUCUUGGCAUUUUGAGUGGUUGCUUGCUGGAGGUUAAACUGUGGUUAUAUUGAAGGAAAUUUAACUCUGCCAAUAAUAGCUUUUCAAAUUAGCUUAAAUUUUGGAUGAUUAGAUUAUUGUUUUGUGGAAGGCUUCAUAACAUGUGAUUUCUCAUAGGGGGGGAAGGGGGGUAUUCCUGGGAAUUUGUGGUGUGUUGCCCAGUUCUCCAAAUCCUGACCCUGUUUCAGAGCAAAAAAUUGUCAUUUUUCAGACCCAAUUUGAGACCUGGCAUAAGUAGAAAUAAUGUUAUCAUUACUUAGAUUAGAACACCAACAAAAAGAUUUCUUAAAAUCCACCUUAAAUUUGCAUAUUACUCUUUCUUUCUUAUUUGGAAUUGAAAUGACGAAUACGUUCAUGCAUUCCCUCAAAAACCAUACAGAGCAAAACGGCACAAAAACCAUACCCUUUGGGGCAGCAUUUACCUAUAAAGGCAUAUGUAAGGGAGUAUCCCCCCCCCCCCUGCCCCGGUGUUUUUCCUUUUUUCAAUACUUUUUCAUCUUCAAAUGUACAGGAUAUCGUCUUGGUGAUACAGAAGGAGGUGGAUCACAGCCUAUGCCCGAAACAGUUUCAAGCAGAAAUAGUGGUAUUCAGCAAGAAAAUGUAAGAGCCAAUAUAUUAUUAUUAUUUUUAGUAGAAUUUUGAAAAAUAAUACUUAAAAGGGUUUCAUUGACAGACUCGAAGUUUUAACCACUUUGUUUGGUGUAAAAAAAAAAGUACACAGAAAAAACUGUUUAAUAGUUGUUUUUUAUUAGAAUGUUGAUUCCUUAGGAUUUCAUCCAGUAACUCCAAAGCUAUAACUACCUUGUCCAGCUUAGUGAACAGUAACAAAGAAAAUUACUGCUCAUUAGCUAGCUUUCAUUUGAAUGGUAACACAUUAGGAUUUCUGUGAAAGGUUUGAACCCAGGAGUCAUUUCAAAAGUAGGUUGAGUUUGAUCGUCUGGGUGAACGUAGUCCUGAAUAGGACUGUUGUUGUUGACAGUGACUGACGUUUCGACAACCUGUGCGGUAGUCAUCUUCAGAGUCAAAGUUUCAUCCACUAACUCUAAAGUUGGAACUACCUUAUACAGCAUAGCAAUUACACAGUAAAAAUGGAAAGUUUUUAUUCAUUUUGGAGACAUCAUUAUUUUUAUAUCUUCCAUAUACUUCAAAUGUUAAUCCUAUUUUACGAUAAAUAAAUAUCUUAGCAAGACCUAAGCUCUAAAAUAAAAUAAUUUUCUUUAUAUUGUUUUAUCUUUUCAGAAAGAAGUUCAGUUAAAGUUUUGGUCAAAUGGUUUCUCUGUAGAUGAUGGUCCACUGAGAUCAUUUGAUGAUCCUGCAAAUGAACCUUUCCUGAGUUCUGUCAGACGAGGGUAAGUAAGCUCCACAGAGUCAAAAGCCAUUUGUCUAUUAGUCUUUUAUUUAUUUAUUUAUUUAUUUAUUUAUGUAUUUAAAAAAUUAAUAUUAUAUAAGGUGACAAUGUGUAGGUAGAAAUAACAGAAUUACAAAUGGAAUAGUGACGAAUAGAAAAAAAAUAAUAAUAAUAACAUGUUUAAACAGGAUGACCAUUUCAGUUAUAAAAACUGCUAUCAAUAUGAGUCCUGUAUAAAAAUAAAUGAAUAAAUAGAUGAAAAAAAAGCUUUUGAUCCAGCAAGCUGGCCAAUGGCUGACUAGUGUGGCACUUGAUACACACACUGUUAUAGGUCAGGGGGGUGUCGACAUCAUUAAUCAUAAACAGACUAAGCCCUGGGCCAAACCUCAAACUUUUCAUGAGAUGAACCAAACUUAAAGUUAAGUUCAUGAAAAGUUCGACGUCUGGCUCAGUUAAGUUCGCCUGAAUGAGUUUGGAUUGUCCAACACGUUCUAUCAGGUCUGAAGGUUUUCUCCGGGACAAACUUCGAUCUUCACAUGCGACGAACUAAACUAAGAAAAUACAAAUUUGUGUGAUAAUCUAUAUUUAGCCUUGUUCGGGAGAAAGUGUAUUAAGAUUGCGUUCGAGUCUGAUUCAGAUGAUUGGUUGACCCAAGAGACGAACUUAACUUAAUUUAGGUCCAUCCAAAUUAGAGUUUGGUUCGUCUCAUGAAAAGCUCGACGUUUGUCCUAGGCCUUAGUGAGAUACAAGAAGUAAUUAAAGGUUCUUUCUUGAAGUGGCCCACUGAACAGUCAAUAGGAAGAUUAAGCAACUAAGACGGCGACGGAAGCGAAAACGUGACGUAAAAAAUGAGUUCGCCCUGUUUCAAUCGUCAUCGCUCUUUUUCCACCUCCCUCAAUUUGUCAAAUGUUGGCGAAUUUUUCUGGAGUUGAAUUCUAAAAGAAUGUAUCCGAGUUCAGAAAAAGAGAAAAUCGUUCUCUUAUGUCCACGUUCUCCACAAAACGUGAAAUUAGCAAGUUUCACGUCGCAGUCGUGCAACGAGGGCAAAGAAAGGUACGAACACGCGUGCUGCACGUGCAGAGUUGUUUUGCUUAUCUGAACCUAAUAUUUUUUGGCUGUUCUCGUCGCCGUUGCCGACGUCGUUGCUUAAGCUCCCUAUAUUCAUUGACUCCGGAGAUGGCCGGGAUGGUAAAGUGUUUUAGGUUCUUGGGGUUCUGCAUUUAAAACUGUUCUGAAAGGUCUUGCAUCACUUUUUAGGGAAAUUCCACAAGAGUUAUUAGCUUUGUCACGGAGAGGAGAGGUUCACGUAAAUAUGGAGGACCACAGACAUGAAGAGUACGUUCCACCGCCCAAACCUAAGGUUCAAGCUUUCUCUGGUGCCGGGCAUAAACUAGGAAGGUAUGCCACGUCUUUUAGUUUCUUCUGAAAACUAAAAUAGCAUUAAGUAACUUUAGGUCCCAGAUGAAUACAGUACUUUUCAUAAUCCGAACUUACCGUAUUUAUUCGAUUAACCGCCACGGGCGCUUGUUAAAUUUUUGGACCUUGAGGGUGGGCGCUUAUUCGAGGCUGGGCGCUUAUUAAAUUUUCACCAUUUUCAGCAAGUGAAGUAUGUUUAUUUUGUAACAAAACAAUAAAUGCUGAUAGCAAAACGCGAAGAAGUAACAAAGCAAGGUUUCUGUUUAAAAUACUCUGAAGAAAACUCCGUCCUCGGGGAAGUCUCUUAUUAGAAUUUAUUCGCUCAAGUGGGUGGGGUGGGGGUGAGCGCUUAUUUGAGUUUGAUUGGGAGGAGGAGGGGGUGGGGGCUUAUUAACUUUUUCUGCCUUUAGGAUGGGCGCUUAUUCGAGGCGGGCGCUAAUUCGAGGUUGGGUGCUUAUUCGAAUAAAUACGGUAAUACUCAGUUUGGGUUGAUCAAAAAAAGCCCGGAAUUUAGUCCAACCGAAGCGAGGUUUAGCUGUUUUCCACGGCUAUACCAACCGUGAAGAUCGCCUUUGAACGUUAGCCGAACAUAAGCCUAACGGGAGCCGGACGCGCAUGAAAAGGUCAUCCUCUCUUGGCCGAACUCAAAUGCACUCACUCAUCUUCUUCAUCCCGGCUGGGACAUAAGGCCGCAAUCAAACUUCGCCACUCAAGCUUGUCCAAACUCGGCAGCUCUUUUAUCACUGUUCUCCGCCAAGUGUUUUUUGGCCGGCCUCGUUUCCCCUUUCCAAUUUGGGUCCCUGUCAAGGCAACUUUGGGUAUUCUGUGACUGGGUAUUCUUUAGGCAUAACCAAGCCAUCGCAACCUGCGGUUCUUAAUUUCGAGAGACAUAUUCAUACUGUCCUUCCUCUUAUACAGUGCCUCGUUAAUAUUCUUGUUAGGCCGAAUAAGUGGAAUAACCAGUUGUCGCUUCCAGAAUGAAAAAAAAAUGGAAUUUGAAAAUGCCGUUUUUCAGCGGAGAGGGAAAUACGUUUAGUGUUUCGAUUUAAUUACUUUCCAUUGAAAUUGUCCAUCUUAACUUUUUCAGAGUUUAUUCUGACCAAAUUCUCAGCAAUUUAGGAAGCAAGUGCCAAGUGCAAACGUUACAUUGCUUGUUUUACGCCCCGCACGAUCCACAAACCCCUCUAUUCUCAACUUUGUUAGACGUCAUUUUAAGGUACCAAAAACAGAUAUCACUCCUACAAUAAGACCAGUUUGUAUGGCAGAUCAGCUCUCUUCCCUCAUCUUCUCUUGCUCGUUUUUUCGUUUUCAAGCCAUUUUACGUGAAAAGUAUGUUAAGGUGGAACUGGUGGGUAGACUGCUUGUAGUCCGCCUUUUCUGUUAAAAUCCGUCCAAUUCUUAUCACAGCCAGCGCGAAUGCAUAUAACGACGCCACAAUAAGGGAUUAGGACGAGACGGGAAAAGAAGGACUAUGACAUAAUAACCUUGAUAGCUUCGUUGUCCCCAGACAGCACAAAAGAGCCAGGAGUCUCUUAUUGUUUCUUUUCGGGUUUACGCCCUCGUUUAUCGCGGCUCGCGCGUUAUUCGUGGAGUAGCUUUGCAAAUCGGAAAAAUAAGAGCCUGCUCGCAGUCUAUAAAGACAUUGACGUCAGACAAGCAGCAAGGAUGGGCUAGAAGGACAAUUUUUCUUUGUGUUAUUCUUCAGCCCAGCUCCAGAGGUGAAGUUCAAUCAUUCAAAAGAACAAGAUACGAGUGCCAACAUACGAACAACCGCAGCCCCGACGCCUAUUGACGAGUCACAGCCUGUCACCAGUAUACAGAUAAGACUGGCGGAUGGAACACGGUAUGUAUCGGCCAUUUCGAAAUUGUCUUUUAGAUCGGGUCGGUAUUGUGUCUAAAGCGCUAUGGGAUUGUUUUAGGAGACGAAAUAGACCUUUUUACCGAUACGGCGGCCAUAUUGAAUUAAUUCGAUUUAAGGAGUAUUAUAGGAUGCCCAGGGGGCAUGAGCACAUUUCGUUUGUAUUUUCGAGCACUUUUCGGGACAUGUUUUUUAAAGUUUUCUUACAAUAAGAUUCUAAUGGGAAAAAAGAUCCUUGUGCCUCAUUAUUACAUCCAAACACGGCACAAGGAUCUUUUUUGCCAUUAGAAUCUCAUUCUAAGAAAACUUUAAGAAAAAAUGUCCCGAAAAGCGCUCGAAAAUACAAACGAAAUGUGCUCAUGCCCCCUGGGCAUCCUAUAAUACUCCUUAAAUCGAAUUAAUUCAAUAUGGCCGCCGUGUCUGUAAAAAGGUCUAUUGUGGCCCAUUUUCCUGCGCAACCGUGUAAUAGGCGUAGGGAGCUUUAGCAACGACGACGGCGACGGCGACGGCAACGAGAACAGCAAAAAAGCCGAAUAGGUUUAGAUUAGUAAAACAACACCUUUGCAUGUGCGUCACGCUUUUUUGUACAUUUCUUUGCCGUCUCUUCCAACUACGGCGUAAAAAUGCCCAGUUUCACGUUUAAUGGAGGACGUAAAUAAGCGACGACGAAUUUUUCUUUCUCUUUUUAAACUUGAUUGCGUUCCCCAAGAAGUCAACUCAAGGGAAAUUCGCCUGCAUUUGACAUUUUUAAAAGUGAAUUGGAAUAAACGCGUCAAAAUUUGAAAAACCAUGAAUUCUUUAAAAGUGACGUUUUCGUUGGCGUCGCCGUCGUCGACGCUAAAGCUCCCUAAUAAAAGAAGCUGUACUGCCCCCCAAAAAGUCUCACAGUGCAAUCCUACGUACUAAUGACGCCUUCUCACGCUUAAACUCAAACUGUUUUAGCCGCUUUGAAAACAUCACGCAUUAUUUUUAAGGGGCUAUGUCACUGUCAACUCAUGAUUUCAGUUUUUUGGGUUUUGUGGGGGAGGGGGGGGGGGGGGGGUAAUACCUCCAGUCCACAAAAUCUGAAAGGUCCCAAUUGUUACUUUUUGAUUGGUAAGCUGAGUGAAAAAAAAGAAAACAUUGCCAAAAUCAAGAUGAGUCUUCAAAGAUAAUGGCGUAGCAAGUGCGAUAAAAGAGAACGCGAAAUAUCCUAUGACGCAUUCUUCCUCUUUCUCUGCUCGGUACGAGAAUCGUGCGCUUAAAACCUGAAUGUUUUUGUACAAAAAAAAAAGAGAUACUGUUCCGGCGUAGUUUAUGUCGAGACAAAUGUAUUGUAUCUUUUUUUCUUUUGCAGCCUGGUUUCAAAAUUCAACCACACAAAUACAGUGGGAGAUAUUCGACGAUUUAUUUGUGCGUAUCCUUUUAUAAAAGUUUACUGUAUUUAGUUCAGUGAUGAACGUUAGUUUAGGCAUUUACGAGUUGGUUUCAAGAAUCAAGAAUGUUGCGUCCUUUUGCCCGGGGCUUUCUUCACAAAUUGUUUGUCGUGUGACGAAACGGUUUUUCCUUCGAUAACUUCUGUUCCCGCCCAAUGUAAGAACGAGCAUUUUAAAUUUUAUUUCAUCUGCCACGCUAGGUUCAUCUCCAUCGUCAAACAAAAAUCAGUAUAUACUUACAGUCAAACCCCGUUAAUACAGACACUCAGGGGACCAUAGAGAGUACCGUAAAAGUCCGAAAGUAAGUCCUGGGGCUUAUAUUUUCUAAAGGCCCUUUUUGAGGGGCUUAUUUUUUGAGGAGCUUAUAUUCGGAGGGGCUCAUCUACGGAGGGACUUGAAAUUUGCGUUUCAAAAUCGAUAGGGCUAGCCUUAUAGUUGGAAGGAAAUGUACCGUUUUUGCUUUGUUUUAAUUUGUAUUUGAGGGCAAUUUCCAAGUACAAGCCCCCUCGGAGGACAUAUAUUUGGAGGGGCAAUUUAACGGAGGGCUUUUUGCGUUACGAGUUAGGGGGGCUUAUAUUUGGAGGGGCUUAUUUUCGGAAUUUUACGGUAUCUGUAUUAACGGGGUGUUGCACUCCGUAUUAAGCAGCUUGAAUUUAAAGAAAAUGUAAGGGCUUUCUUUGCCCAGGGACAAAGCAAACUGUCCGUAAUAAUGAGGUGUCCGUAUUAAGCAUAGACUACGAGUAGUCCCUUAUUUUUCCUCAGGGAUAGUAGAGCCUGCGAAACGCGAGCGCGCGUGAAAAUCACCCCACGCGCCUUUUCUGGCGUGGGGUGAUUUUCACGCGCGCUCGCGUUUCGCUCGCUCUACUAUCCCUGAGGAAAAAUGGGGGACUACUCGUAGUCUAUAUCAAGCAGGUGUCUGUAAAGCGGAGUUUGACUGUAUAUAUUUGUUUGUUUAUUUUUUCAAUUUAUUUAAUUCCAUCAUAAUUUGUUACGUGAGAUUGGAUGUCCCUUCAUAAUGAAUAAAAGUGUCGACUGCAACCUCAAUUGUGGAUAUACGAAAAAUUAAAAUGUUUUGUUUUUGCAUAUCUUCCUUAACUAAAACCGUAAAAAUACAGUUCAAGACCACAAAUGGCUACCAGAAACUUCGUUCUCAUGACGACGUUUCCUAAUAAAGAGUUAACAGAUGAUGGACAGAAACUAAAAGAAGCAAAUCUUUUAAAUGCGGUAAUUGUCCAGCGCUUCAAGUGAGUAAGAACUGAGGACUAGUUCAGGUAGUUGUGGCGUUAGAAGUACGGGAAUGAGUUAAACGCACGUGAAAGGCACGUGUUCGGUCGGCGCUUGACUGAAUAUCUUGCUGCAUUGGAAAAUCUAGGGGCCUUCAACUCUCUGACUGCUUUCAAGGGCUUUACAACACUAUUGACUUUAUAUCGCCCACUAGGUUAAAGAGAUAUGAUGCUUUUUGUGUAAAAUCUUUUCAAAAUAGUUUAUCCUGUAAAAAUAAAAUGUUCGGGCAAACGCGAGCGUUGUGUGCGAAGUAUGUGUUUAUUCAUUUUGUCCGCUGCAUUGAAACAAACUGAUGC